AGUGAAAAGGAGAUCGUUUCAGAUCUACGCCUAUUAAGAGUCAUCCUAGAAAGACUUGAAUGCUCCUUUGCCAGGCAGGAGGCAAAACUGGAUAAAUUGCUAAACAGUCAGACCUCACCGUGCCUUGAACCUCCAGUUUCCCAGCGACAACAACGAUCUUCAGCCACACCUUCUCCACACCUCAACGGACAGUCUACCCUCUCCGAGGGUCGAACGAUUUCUUGAAGAGCCAAGCACAUGUGGUAAAUAUCUUACGGUUAUAUUUUUAAUGUUCACACUGCAAAAGACAAUAUCCUGACUCUUAGGGAAAAAUCAAAAUUCAAUAUUUUUACUUACAAUGACUUCAACGAUCGUUUGUCAGACGGAGAUUGUUCCUUCAAAAUGACUCUGAGCAGCCUCUUGAGCAACCGAGUACUUACGAAUUAUAUCUUUCCAAAAUUCUUAACAAAGAUCAACAAUGUCUUUUAUUUUACCAUCCACUGUUAGAAUGUGCUGUAAUAUUGACUGACAUCUCAUUACUUUAUAGAUUUGCCUGGCUUGGCCGUCAUUGGUGGCAACGUAAAUGUUAAACUCUCCCGGGAGGACUACGAGUACGCCAGAGCGGCCCACAAACCCACGGUCCCGGCUCUUCGCCUAACAGACAAACUAUUUUCCAAGGAGACGCUACUCAAGUCAACUGUCUCUGGCACGAAGGAGUUUCCGCCUCUGGACUUCAGCAAAAUAGCCGCGAUAAAAGGU